UCCACAGUGCGCAUGCCCGACAAUUUCUACGUUGAUCCUUCUUGGGUGAUCCCGAUUUCCGGUUUGGAGAUUCCUCUCGUCGAGGCCUAUGCUAACGGGAUUUCGCCGUAGUGUCACUUCCAACGGGGGCUUUUCGGCCCGCAACUAUGGCCGUGUGAUCCAAGCAGCCAGCAACUCGGUCACGGUUUCAAGACAAACCCGGCCCGUUGAGACAUUUACUGUCCGACCCGGAGGUUUCUACCUACCACAACCAGUUGCUUAAAAAAGAAGAAGAAGAAGAGGCUAAUCGCUCCUCAAGCUAACACCGCUCCGAAUCGGAACCCGGUGUCCGUUUACCAAGAUGUCAACGGCGGGCUUCAACGCUCAGAACGGGACGGGACAACCGUACGCUAACGAGGCAAGAUGAGGCCGGAUGACGAGUUAAAAACUGUCAAGGAGAAGUGAAAAUCAACAAGCGUGGCGCCAAUGCUGCAGGUCCUUCACAGAAUUCCCUUGGUGUCCAGCACCUCCCAGCAACCAAUUACGGCAUGACGCACCAACACAACUACAACCCAAUGCAGGGCAAGGCUCCAGCGCCCCCUGGUCCUGGACUCUAUCACUCUGGGCCAUACCAACACGCUCCCCCCGUGGGCUCUUACCAACCUGGCCCGCCACCUACGUCCUAUCCGGCUCCACCAGGCCAACCUCACCACACCAGACCUCCGCUGGGCGGACCUCUGCCGCACACCCCGCCACAGUCUGUCAGUCCUGUUCCCAAGCUGCCCGCCGCUCAGGGCACCCCUCCGCCACCUGUGGCAUCUUCUAGCGGCUACUACCCAAACCCCCAACAGCCAUGGCAGUACAACUCAGCUCCUCCGCCCAUAGGACCUCCAUCGUCCAUGAAUGCGCCACCCCUGGGCCCGGCAACUAACCACGUGAGCCAACCUGCACCUUACAGCUCGGCGGCACCGUCAGUGUCUUUUAACGCUGGACAGCCCCCAACAUCUUUACAAGGAUAUGGCCCGCCAGGUGCAGCUCCCCCACCCCUGAAUCCAGCAGCUUCACAACAAUACCACCCAAGCAGAGCUUCCUAUGGGACACCCCCCGUGGGCCCACCCCCCACUGUGAAACCCGGAGCACCCCCGAUGUCCAACGCCACAGUUUUGCCACCAAAGGCAGACGCUCAGUGCGGGGCUAGCAGCAAUCUGCCCCUCACUGAGCCCGAUAGCCAGGAAACGGAUGUUGAAUGUCCAGGUGCAGUUGGCACUAAUCAUGUGGACAACAAAGCAGCUGGGCCGCCCAAGCCUGGCCCUCCGGGUCACCACCUGGGCCACUACCCUUCCCUCCCGCCGGGGUACCAGCACCCCGCGGCUCCUCACGGCGGGCCUCCAACCUCGCACCAGGCCAUUCAGAACGCCACGCAGCCUUACACCCAAACACCUCGGCCGUACCAACAGCCACCUUCCGGUCCUGGCCCGGCCCAGCUGAGCCCAUCCAUGGCAGCCAUGAGCCUGCAGUCAAGCACCCCCGAGAGUCUGCGAGUGGUCAACCUGCUCCAGGAGCGCAAUCUGCUGCCCACGGGCCCUGUUGCGGCCCCCACACCCUGCCUGCCCCAAGACCUGCAAAAGAUGAACUGCAACCCAGAGGUGUUUCGCUGUACGCUGACCAGCAUCCCUCAAACCCAGUCUUUGCUCAAUAAAGCCAAGAUGCCACUAGGCCUGCUGCUGCACCCAUUCAAAGACUUAUCGCAACUUCCCGUGGUGACGUCCAGCACCAUAGUCAGGUGUCGUUCCUGCCGAACUUAUAUCAACCCAUUCGUGUCCUUCCUGGACCAGAGGAGGUGGAAGUGCAACCUGUGUUAUCGGGUCAAUGAUGUUCCAGAAGAGUUCAUGUAUAAUCCAGUAAGCCGAUCCUACGGUGAACCACACAAGAGACCAGAAGUGCAGAAUGCCACCAUUGAGUUCAUAGCGCCUUCAGAAUACAUGCUGAGGCCGCCGCAGCCUGCCGUGUAUCUCUUCGUCCUGGACGUAUCCCACAACGCGGUGGAAACGGGCUACCUGAAGGUGUUCUGUCAAUCGGUUCUGGACAACAUCAGCGCGCUACCCGGAGACGCGCGGACCAAGAUCGGCUUUAUCACUUUUGACAGCACCAUUCACUUCUACAACCUCCAAGAGGGACUCUCUCAGCCUCAGAUGCUUAUCGUUUCUGACAUAGAAGAUAUCUUCCUACCUACACCAGACAGCCUUCUAGUGAACCUCAAUGAAAGCAAAGAGCUGGUGCAGGAUCUUCUGAAGAGCUUGCCAACAUUAUUUGAGAAGACCAUGGAGACCCAGUCGGCGCUGGGCUCGGCCCUCCAGGCCGCUUUCAAGCUGCUCUCGCCCACCGGCGGGCGCUUGUCCGUCUUUCAGACGCAAUUACCCAACCUGGGUGUCGGGGCACUUCAGUCCAGGGAGGACCCCAACCAAAGAGCGUCUGCCAAGGACGUCCAGCACUUAUCACCGGCAACGGACUUCUACAAAAAGCUGGCGCUGGACUGCUCGGGCCAGCAAGUGGCCGUUGACCUGUUCCUGCUCAGCUCUCAGUACUGUGACUUGGCAUCACUUGGCUGCAUUUCACGGUACUCCGCGGGGGGCAUCUAUUACUUCCCGUCCUAUCACCAUCAACACAACCCAGCCCAAGUGGAGCGCUUCCAGAAGGACCUGAAACGAUACCUGACCAGGAAAAUCGGCUUUGAGGCAGUCAUGAGGAUACGCUGCACCAAAGGUCUGUCCAUUCACACGUUCCACGGCAACUUCUUCGUGCGCUCCACUGAUCUGCUGUCACUGCCUAACGUCAAUCCGGACGCCGGCUUUGCCGUGCAAAUGUCCAUCGAGGAAAACCUGGAUGACAUGCAGGUGGUCUCCUUCCAGGCGGCACUGUUAUACACCUCCAGCAAAGGAGAGAGGCGGAUCCGAGUGCACACGCUGUGCCUCCCAGUGGUCCACUCUUUGUCAGACAUCUUUGCCGGCGCCGAUGUCCAAGCCAUGACCGGCCUGCUGGCAUGCAUGGCCGUGGACCGUUCGGUGACAGCUAGCCUAAGCGAUGCCAGGGACGCCAUGACCAAUGCCGCCAUCGACUCCCUGUCGUCUUACCGCCAGUCUGUGCUGACCAUCCAGCAGCCCGGCCUGCUCGCGCCUGCCUGCCUCAGACUCUUCCCGCUCUACAUUCUUGCUUUGCUGAAGCAGAAAGCAUUCAGGACAGGAACCAGCACCAGGCUGGACGACCGCGUGGCUUCCAUGUGUCAGCUCAAAUACCAGCCGUUGGCUUACGCUAUGAUGAUGAUUCAUCCCGUGUUGUACCGUGUGGAUGACCUGACUGACGAGGGUGCUUUGAAUGUCAACGAGCGGACAGUUCCUCAGCCCAGAGUGCAGCAGCUGUCUGCGGAAAAGCUCUCCAAGGAUGGAGCCUUCCUUAUGGAUGCUGGAACGAUCAUGUAUCUGUGGAUUGGAUGCAACUGCAACCCCAACUUCCUCACUCAAGUCUUGGGUGUCCCCAACUUCGCCGCUGUGCCUGAAAACCUGUAUAUGCUGCCAGAAUUGGACACGGCCGAGUCGCAGAGAACCAGAGCGUUCGUGGGUUGGCUGAGGGAGCAGAGGCCUUUCUUUGCCUCGCUGCAAGUCUUCAGGGAGGACAGCCAGACGCGAGUCUCGAUGAUGCAGAACAUGAUCGAGGACCGCACCGAGUCGGCACUGUCCUACUACGAGUUCCUGCUCCACCUGCAACAGCAGAUCUCCAAAUGAUCCGUUCCUGUGUGUUUGUACAUGCGUGUGAGAAAGAACCGAAAUGUGUGAUGGUCACUUUCAACAAAGCUUUGAAAGUGAUCCAGAAAAAAAAAAACAUUUAUAUACAUAUAUAUACAUAAAAAUAUAUGUGUAUAUAUACUGUAUUUAUAUAAAAGAUGGAAAUUAUCAGUGUUUAUUCUCAUAGAACAAUGUCCAAAGUUGAGGUAUGGCUCAGAUGUGAGCUCGCUGAUGGCAAAAGCACAGACUCGAAAAUGUCACAUGUAUGCAAGCGUGUGCCUGGUCAAGACUAAGAGGUGUCUGACUGUUAUCUGAAGUAUUUUUCAACAGCCGUCACAUUGUCAUUUUUGGGAAGUUUUCCAUCUUUCUACUUGUCGUGCCGAACAAAUCUUGGGGGGGGGGAAAAAGGCGACGUGUCAGGCACCGACUUGAAUGUUGCGUCGCAAUGUCGUCCUUCUCAUCCUUUUUUUUUUUUUUUUUUGCCCCUCACCUGUUUAAUUUAUGAGCCUCCCAAUGUGAUUAAAAUUCAAUGAUUGCCUUGAACAGGAACUCUGAUUUUACUACCAAGCCUCCCGUUGAAACAGACUAUAUAUAAAAUAUUUUAAUAUAAUAGGACAGGAAAUUUUUGGUUGUUUAUUAACAUGAGACAUAACAGAAAAAGCCAUUGUGAUCUUUUAAUCAUGCUUAUUGAUACUUGUAUAUUGAAAAUACCGCAUUAUAUCGAUGGUGGAAAGAUGCAAAUAAAAUUUUAGUAUGACCGUUUAGGUGCAAUGUCAAUAAAAAUAAAAUCUUUGGGACUUUUUAAAUGUGUGUUAUUUUUUGGGGUCGAGGGUAUAAAAAGCCUAAAGAUUGCGGACCAAAUAAGUCAAUAUCAUUGAAGUUUUAUUUGUAAGGGAUGUAUGAUAAAAACUUAUGUAUUUAGAGAUUUCGCAAUUUCAAUUUCUUUAAAAAAAAAUGUAUGAAAAUAAAGACUGACUAGCUAGAAAAAAUUGCACGUUUGAAUUGCCAUGUGAUUGUUAUUGCAAUCCUGUUUGCGGUUAAAAACACGUAGGGAAAACCUGAGCCACAUUGUGAAAAUAUGUACGUAUUAUAGGUUGAUUUACAUUCAUAAUUGUUGUAACUAAUGUAACGCAUUAUUUGACAUGCCGUGACGUCUUCACCACGCGACAUGAGUGACGAUAAAUACGGUUUAAAAAAAUAAAAUCAAGAAUACACACAAAGGUAUGAGUCACUAAACCACUC